AUGGUCGCCUUCCUCGAGUUCGCAACUUAUCACUACAAAGUCAUCAACAUGCAGCCGUCAAAUACUAGAGGGCUUGACCAUCAGCCUACUUCUGAUGGGACAAAGCUAGUUCACUCUUUUUUCAAAACUAACUGGGGCGACGUGAUUUGCUUUAUUAUCGGCCCUUCGAAGAAAGUCUACCGUAUUCACAAAGACCGUCUCUGCAGGAAGAUCCCUUCUUUGCUCAGUAUUAUUGCACAGAGAGAGAGCGAGAUGGAAGCUCCCGACGGAGAAGAGAACGACAAUGUCAGUGAAAGGGCGGAUAAGGAUGCAGAAGAAGACUCAGAAUCUGAUCUGGGAAAACACCAGCAAAGAGAGACUGCAAGUGAACCAGAAACACACCUCGGCGAGGAGAUCAUCAUCAAAUUCCUGGACCAAGAUACAGCUUCCUUUGAUAUUCUAAUGAAGUGGGUCUAUCAUGAUACUCUACCCAGCCUCAAGGCAGAUUAUGGCCAGACAAGCUUUUGGAACUGGGAUCCUUACGCUUUCUACACCCUUGUCGACAAGUUUGAGCUCCCAGAACUUAAAGACAAGGUGAUGUCAUCGCUCCAAGCUAGUCAAGCAAAGACCAAGCAGUGGCACAAGAUAGAACAGCUGGACUGGGUAUGGGCACGCACCUCACCUGGAUGUGGAAUGAGGCGAUAUUUGGCUAUGUGUAUGGUCAGGAAUAUUCUCGUGUACAAAGACCCAAUUCACCCUAAUCCACAACAGAGGAUGACCAUAUCAACGCAGAAGAUUUCUCAAGUGCUCAGCAAGUAUCCGGACUUGUUAUUAGCAGUGGUGGAUGCCAUGAGGGGCAAUGAUGGGGUCAAAGUCACGGAUCCGAGGGAAGUCAAUCCGUGCGAGUUUCAUGAGCAUUGGCCGAGGAAGACGUGUGGUUACGGGAAAGGGUUCGAAGAUGUUGAGCAAGAUGUCAGGAACGAUGAUAGACAUGACCAAGAUCUCGAGGCUAACGAAGAAUAUCAGAAGAAGUCAGUGAGGUUUUCGUGA